AUACAACUCCGCAUCUCCUCUCUCCAUUUCUCCCCCAAAUUCCCUCUUCUCAUGUACGCAGUUUUCUCCUCCAUCUCCUUCCAUAUCACCAUCAUUCCCAUUUUUCUUUUCUAGAGCGUGCAAGAUGCCUCUCUUCAUCACAGACGUGGAGCUGGAGCGAUGCUCCCACAACGCCUCUCUCAUUGCAGACAAGGCCGAUUCCUUCAUUCGAGCCCUCCAACUCGAGCUCGAGACCGUCAAGGCCCAGGCCGACGCCUCCUCAAUCACCUCCGAGCAGACGUGCGCCCUCAUCGAGCAGAAAUACCUCUCUCUCUCGUCCGAUUUUGCUGAGCUCCAGUCCCAGAACGCCCAGCUCUCCACCUCUCUCGAAAAAAGGCUCUCCGAGCUCAUCGAAGUCCAGGCUGAGAAGAAACAGCUUCACAUCAAGGCGAUCAGCAAAGAUGGAGAUGUUGAGCGGUUGUCUGUCGAAGCCUCUGAGCAUCAUAAAUCGAAACGGCAGUUGGUGGAAAUGCUGGGGCAAAAGGAUAUAGAGAUAGGAGAGAAGAAUGCAACCAUUAAGAGCUAUUUGGAUAAGAUUGUAAACUUAAUCGAGGACGCUGCUUUGAAAGAGGCUAGGUUGCAUGAUAAGGAUGCAGAGUUGGCAUGCUUGCGUUCUGGAUCUGCUCGUCUUUCACAGGAAAAAGAACUUACUGAAAAGCAUAAUCUCUGGCUUGAUGAAGAGUUAACGACCAAAGUUAACAGCCUCAUUGAACUUCGCCGAACACAUACUGAAUUCGAGGCAGAUAUGUCUGCUAAGCUUGCUAAUGUUGAGAAAAAAUUUAAAGAUUGUUCAAUCUGUCUAAAGUUGCAUAAAGAGAGAGUUAGGGAACUUGAAAGGAAAUUGACAUCUCUGCGGGAGGAGUUAUGCUCCACCAAAGAUGCUGCUGCUGCUAAUGAAGAGCGCUACUCUGCUGAAAAAUCAACUAUUUCUAAGCUUGUUGACCUUUACAAAGAGAGUGCUGAAGAAUGGUCUAGAAAGGCAGGAGAACUUGAGGGUGUAAUUAAGGCAUUGGAAACACAUUUGAGUCAAGUCGACAAUGAUUACAAAGAGAAACUUGAGAAGGAAGCAUCUGCCAGAAAAGAUUUUGAAAAGGAGGCUUCUGACUUAAAAGAAAAACUGGGAAAGUGUGAACUUGAAAUUGUGAAUGCUCGAAAGCCUGAUAAAUUGAGCCUUCUUCCACUAUCCAGUUUGCAGAGUGACUCAAGUGCAGAAGAAUUAUGUAUUAGUGGAACCGAAACUGGUCACAAAGAAGAGGAUAGUCGCAUGCUUGUUUCCAAGGUACCAGUAGGUGUUUCAGAAACAGCAUUGGCAGCUUCACUUCUGCGUGAUGGUUGGAGUCUGGCUAGAAUGUAUGAGAAGUGUCAAGAAGCUGUUGAUGCUCUGCAUCACGAGCAGCUGGGACGAAAGCAUUCACAAGCCAUUUUGGAAUAGGUUCUGUAUGAAAUAGAGGAGAAAGCUGAAGUCAUUUCGGAUGAGCGAGCGGAACACGAGAGAAUGGCAGAAGCAUACAAUUUGAAGAAUCAAAAAUUGCAGCAGACACUUUCAGAGAAUGCUUACUUAGAGAAUAUCAUCCGGGAGUUGAAGGUCGACUUGAGGAGGCAUGAACGAGACCACAAUAUUGCACAGAAAGAGAUAAUCGACCUCCAAAAGCAGGUGACAGUUCUUCUUAAGGAAUGCCAGGAUAUUCAACUUCGUUGUGGGGUAGCCAGUCAGGAUCCUACUGAUUCUCCUACUUCCAGUGUGGUUGAUAUGGAAGAUGGGACUGAAGUUGAAAAGUUGACUUUUAAGGAUGUCAAUGGAUUAGUUGGGCAAAAUGUCCAGCUACGUAGACUCGUGCAUAGUCUUUCUAUAAAGCAUGAUCAAAUAGAUGCUGAGUUAAAGGAGAAGUUUGAAAUGGAACUACAGAAACAUAUUGAUGAGGCAUCAUCCAAAGUUGCAUCCGUAUUAGAAAGGUCUGAAGAGCAAGGACAAAUGAUAGAAUCACUUCACGACUCUGUCGCAAUGUAUAAGAGAUUAUAUGAAGAAGAGAUUAAAUCUCGUGCUUCUUAUUCUCAUCUUCCAGAAACUUAUCCAGAAGAUGGCAGGAAAGACCUUAUCCUUCUAUCUGAAGGUUCACAGGAAGCUACCAAAAAGGCCCUUGAGCAGGCUUCUGAACAGGUCAGAAAUCUGGAAGAUGAUUUGGCUAAAUCCAGGAGUGAAGCUAUUGCAUUACGUUUGGACCGCGAUAAAAUGGCAAUGGAAGCAAAUUUUGCCCGAGAGCGACUAGAUAGCUUCAUGAAAGAAUUUGUGCGUCAGAGAGAUGAAAUGAAUGAAGUACUAGCUAGAAACGUGGAGUUCUCACAGUUGAUAGUUGACUACCAACGAAGACUUCGUGAAAGUGCUGAUUCUUUGAGUGCCUGUGAUGUGCUCCCACAGAAAUUAUCUAUGGAGGUGUCUGUUUUGAAACAUGAAAAGGAUAUCCUGAUAAUUUCUGAAAAAAGAGCUUCCGACGAAGUUCGGAGUUUGUCAGAGAGAGUGCAUCGUCUCCAGGCAACCUUGGACACAAUUCACAGUGCUGAGGAGAUUAGAGAGGAAGCUAGAGCUAUGGAAAGGAGAAAACAUGAGGAGCAUCUAAAACGAGUUGAAAGGGAGUGGGCUGAAGCUAGGAAAGAGCUUCAAGAAGAACGUGAUCAUGUCCGAACUCUUACACUUGAUCGUGAAGAAACACUGAAGAACACCAUGAGAAAAGGUGAAGAAGCAGCAAAAGAAUUAGCAGAUGCUUUACGUGCAGUUGCAGCUAGUGAGGCAAGAGCUGCAAUUGCUGAGGCUCGGUGCUCUGAAUUGGAGGCGAAGCUUAUAUCUCCUGAAGAAAAGACUGUUGAGGACAGUGGAUUUGAGCGUUCUGUUUGCUCUACUGAUGAGGCUAUUGGGGAAUUGCGGAAAGCAAAUGAGGAGAUUUUGAAACUGAAGGAUGAAGCACAAGCUUACAAGGAUCAUAUGUUACAGUACAAAGAAAUAGCACAAGUGAAUGUGGUGUCAUUGAAACAGAUGGAAUCUGCUCAUGAAAGAUUCAAAGCUGAGGCGGACAAAUUGAAGAAGUCACUAGAAGCUGAAAUCCUUUCACUCAGAUCAAUGGUUUCAGAACUUGAAAGUGACGUUCUAUCGAAGACCACUGAAGCUGCCUCUUCUGUUGCAGAGAAAGAAGAGGCUCUAUCUUCUGCAUUUGCAGAAAUAAAGCGUCUCAAUGAAGACAAUUCUGGACAAAUUGCCCAGAUGGUGGCUUUGGAAGUUCAGAUGUCUUCUUUAAAGGAAGAUCUGGAGAAGGAGCGGCAGCGGUGGCGCACAACACAGAACAAUUAUCAAAGACAGGUUAUCCUCCAAUCUGAGACAAUUCAGGAGUUGACGAGAACUUCUCAGGCAUUAGCUCUACUGCAAGAUGAAGCGUCGGAGUUACGUAAAUUAGCGGAUGCUCGAAAAAGUGAAAACGAUUUCUUAAAGGCGACAUGGGAAGAAGAGAAAUCAGACUUACAGGAACUGAAGGAUGAAGCUGAGAGAAAGUACAAUGAACUAAAUGACCAGAACAAGAUUCUGCUUAAUCACAUAGAAGCACUGCAUAUUAAAUUGGCUGAGAAGGAACGUACUUCUGCUGGAAUUUGUUCUGGAAGCACCUAUCAGGAUCCACAAGGGGAUGAUGAUCUGGAAAAAGUGGUUAGUUAUCUCCGGCGGUCAAAAGAGAUGGAAGAAACUGAAUUCUCUUUGCUAAAGCAAGAAAAGUUACGACUACAAUCUCAACUUGAAAAUGCUUUGAAGGCCUCUGAGACUGCUCAGGAUUUGCUUCACUCUGAGCAUGCCAGUUCUAGAGAUACACUGUUCACAAAUGAGUUCAAGUCGUUUAAGCUUCAGGUUAGAGAAAUGAAUUUGCUUCGUGAAAGCAAUAUGCAGCUUCGAGAGGAGAACAAGCACAACUUUGAGGAAUGUCAGAAAUAUCGUGAAAUAGCUCAAAAAGCUAAGAUGGAGGCCGUGCAUCUGGGCUGUCUGCUAAAGGAGAAACAAAUUGAGGUGGAUGCUUGUCGGAAAGAAAUUGAGAUGAAAAACACAGAGAUAGAACAAUUGGAACACAAGAUAUCUGAGAUGAAGCAGAAAGAGAAGGAAGCAGUGAGUGAAGAUGCUAUGAAACUUGCUUCUGAGAAGCAGCAGUACAUAUCUUCCUUGGAACAAGGCUUUGCAAACAGCCAGUUGGAACUAACUGAAAUGCAGAAGAAGAUGGGUGAUACUCUUCAAAUUGAGGCAACUCUCAAGUCCGAAGCUGAAAAGCAAAAGAAGUUAGCAUCCCAUUUCAAGAAGAGAGUGGAGACACUGACCAAGGAGAAGGAGGAACUAAGCAGAGAGAAGCAAGCCAUUUCUAAACGGCUAGAAGAUGGUAGAUCAAGCAAGAAGGCCACUGGGGAGGCUGCAAAUGAACAAGCCAUGAAGGAAAAAGAGAAGGAGAAAGACACCAGGUUACAGAUGCUAGAGAAAACUCUUGAAAGAGAGAGAGAGGAUUUACAAAAAGAGAAGGAAGACCAUCGGAACGAGAAAUCUAAGCGGCAGAAGAUUGAGAAGAUGGUUCUAGAUCUUAUGCAGACUGUUAAUCAGGAAAAAAAGAAGCUUCUUGAGGAACUUGAGAGCCACAAGCAUGCGAGAGACAGCAUGUUAGAGACCAGCGGAAUAACAUCAGCUCAACUUCCUUCCGAAACUGGCUUAGAUGACCAGACUGCUGCCUACUUCCUGGCUGUGGAUAACUUUGACGAAACAGUGAAUUCUGCUCUUAAUGGGCUUGGAGCUCACCCUGUUCCUUCAGAGGCUUCUCUGCCUGCGGAUGCAUCUCUACUUGCCACAGGUCAGCAAGUUCCUGAUCAAACCCUCACUACCUUGCCCCCAUCAAUGAUCCCUCUUGAAAAUUCCUCUCCAGUUAAAAUAACAGAGGAAAGAAAGAAAAGGGCCAAUAUGGCAAAAUCCAAUGUUGAUGCUCGCAAAGUAGGAAGGAAGCUGGUGCGACCUCGUCUUGAACGAAUGGAAGAGCCUACAGCCGAUACUGAUGCUUCAGGGAUGGAAGGGUCCUCUACAAGCGAUGCAAAACCUGAGGCAUCUGAUGCAGUACCUCAAGGUGAACUUACAUUGCCACCAUUUCAAUUGGCUCGCAAACGCCUAGCCUCUUCAUCUGCCUCUGAAUUGCGAGAAGAAUCACUCAGCCAGCAAGUGGCGAUCUCUGAUAUAGCACCGUUGCUGAAGAAGUCCAAAGGUUCAGAUUCACCCCAAGAGGGCAUUAAAGAACAGUCCAACCUCCUUGCAUCUGAAAAUCCUGAAAAGCCUCUAGAGAAUUUGGAUGAUUCUGCAGGUCGUGAUCUGGUUCAUGCUACAAUUGAGUCUGUCGUUGUCACGAAGGAGGAAGAGAGAGAAAACACGAAGGAGCCAACAGAUGAGCCAAAGGAACCUUUAGAUGGCAUGAAUGGAGACGGAUUACAAAACGAAUUCACUGCCUCUGUAGAAGAGUUCAAUGAGAAGCCAAAAGAAACAGCGGAUGAGGUUGAUUCAUUUUUGAAGGUUGGGGAGGUUCCUGAGCCACAGCAGUCCACAGCUGAAGCUGAAAAUGAGAGGGUAGAUGGGGAGCUCAUUCCAGAUGGGAAGCCACAAGAGGGCAGUGGCCCGCUGAUCAUAGGGAUGGACCUGGAACCAGGGGAAUGUCUGGCUGAACCAGUUACUGGUGCUACAGUUGAAGUCAAUGAUGCAAUUGAGAUUGGUUCCCCUGAGGUUCUAAAUCAGGAUAAGAAUGAGAUUGGUGAGGUUAUGGAAGAGGUUGCUGAAGGUUCAGAUAAGUCAAAUAACUACAAUGAUCAUAGUGCUCUAGAGUCUCAGCGGAGUCCCCAGGCUUCUUUUGGUUCAGGUGAGGGAUUGCCAAAUCUUCUUGGGGACAGUGUUGUCUCAAAACAGGCAAGUCCUAGUUUCAUGGCAGAGUCCGAGGAAGUAAAAGAGUUGCAGGGCGGGAGGAGCACAACCGCUAUAGACAAGCUUGAGAGAGCUAGAGCAAGAGCUGCACUACCAAAUCUUCUUGGGGACAGUGUUGUCUCAAAACAGGCAGGUCCCAGUUUCAUGGCAGAGCCCGAGGAAGUAAAAGAGUUGCAGGGCGGGAGGAGCACAACCACUAUAGACAUACAUGAGAGAGCUAGAGCAAGAGCUGCACUACCAAAUCUUCUUGGGGACAGUGUUGUCUCAAAACAGGCAAGUCCCAGUUUCAUGGCAGAGUCCGAGGAAGUAAAAGAGUUGCAGGGCGGGAGGAGCACAACCACUAUAGACAUACGUGAGAGAGCUAGAGCAAGAGCUGCACUAAGGCAAGCUGGAGUUGUGUCUCCUCCACUUGCCAGAGGCCGUGGAAGAGCUUUUGGCAAUAUCAAGAAAGAUGGGGGACGUGGUGGACGUGGCGGGAGAGGUGAACGGGGGCAAUCAUCAGGCGACAAAGAGCAGGGUUAGUGUAGAAGUGGACAGGACAGUACAUUCCAAACAGAGCAAAAUACUUGGGAUUCUAAGCUUCAGGACUGGAACAGCAAGAACUUUCCUCCAUGUGAAUCUAUAUGGCAUGCUGAUGAUCACAGGCAAUAGGGAACGAUUGAGUGCCAUGGUGGGGUAAAAGUUGAAAGAGUUCUUUUUUCGAAACUGGUAGGUGCAUGCAUGAAGGCUGGUUUCUAUUAUUAUGGCCACCUGGUUUAUUUCCCAUUUGAUAUUGAUGUUUGCUACACAACAAGAGAUGGAUGUAACAUAUGAUCCAGAACUUCACCUGAAGAAAAGAAGAGAAGGGAGGAAAGGAAAGAGAUGGACUGCAAUUUUCAUGAAUAAUCAAAUGUGUUGGAACAGCUGUAGCAAAAUCAGAUCGGAUGCUUCUGUGUACAUAUGUUGUAGAGAAAGUUGACAAAAAGAGUGCAUUGCAUGAUUAUUAUCAACUUAAUAUUUUUCUCUA